GAGCUGUGGUGCUGAAUUGAUACCAUUUUCCCAGCGGAGUGCUGUUAAAAGCCACGCUUCACAUUAACAGAUACACCCAAACAUAAUUCAUAUCCCAUAAUAAUGUCUCUCUGAAAGACCACGGUGUUUUUAUUCAUCUGGAAUAAUUUUUCAGACACUGAAAACGGAAUGAUGCGCUCUUAACUCUGAGAGCAGCCGGAGCUGUAUGUUGAGUCAGUCGGACCUGCGGACUCUCAGCUGAUUGGCUGAAGAUGGAUGACAUCAGUAAAGUCCGCUGCCUCAGACGCGCGCUAAACUCCUGGAAAGAGAUCAGAGCGUCUCGCGCAUCUGGCGGAUUGUAAAGCGACUCGAGAAGAGAGAAACGUUUGCGCUUCCGCUCGAGGUGCGUUAGGUGAGCAGCCAGUCGCGAUGUUGAGUGUCUCCAUAAGCGACAGCCGCGUGUAUCAGAAGCGUAUGAUGUGAAAAACAAAGUCGCAACAUGAGGACCUUUAAAUGAUCUUAAGGAAAAGAAAAACUUGAAGGAGAGAUAGAGGGAGGAUUCUUUCUCAUUUUGUUCUUCUGGCUGGCUGAGUAUUAUUUAAAUCAUGCAACAUGAAUGUAACUAACAGCACUGGAGCAGAGGGACUCGCGCCCUGGUACUUUAACGGCUCAUUGAGCAACGUGUCCAGUGAUGGCAACCUCAGUUGUGACAGCAGCAGUGCUAAUGGCUCAUGUCCAGCGGCUGAGACAGAUGCCAAUAGCUCGUAUAAGACGUUGGAGAUGGUAUUCAUUGCACUGGUUACAGGAUCCCUCAGUUUUGUCACCGUUGUGGGCAACAUCCUUGUCAUGCUCUCAAUUAAGGUCAAUCGGCACCUGCAGACCGUCAACAACUACUUCCUGUUCAGCCUGGCAUGUGCGGAUCUCAUUAUUGGCGCUUUUUCCAUGAACCUUUACACCGUCUACAUCAUCAGAGGUUAUUGGCCGCUCGGCCCGGUAGUGUGCGACCUAUGGCUAGCGUUGGAUUACGUGGUCAGCAACGCCUCUGUAAUGAACCUGCUAAUCAUCAGCUUCGACCGUUACUUCUGUGUGACCAAACCCCUAAGUUAUCCCACACGCCGAACCACCAAGAUGGCAGGGCUUAUGAUCGCUUCCGCCUGGAUCCUGUCGUUUAUCCUAUGGGCUCCUGCUAUCCUGUUCUGGCAGUUCAUUGUCGGAGAACGGACUGUGGAACCAGGCGAAUGCUACAUCCAGUUCCUUUCCAACCCCGCCGUCACAUUCGGCACAGCUAUCGCUGCUUUCUACCUGCCGGUGGUCAUCAUGACGGUGCUGUACGUGCACAUCUCUUUGGCCAGCCGCAGCCGUGUGUCCAAGCAGAAGCCCGAAGCCAAAAAGGAGAAGAAAUCGCAAAAGUCGAGCGGUCUGCUCAAGAGUCACAUCUUAAAGCAGAACAACAACAACCAGUCUCCUCCCAAGCCCAGUUUGGAUACCUGCUCAACCGUAGACACCAUGAAGAACGGAAAACUAGACGAGUCUGUGAUAUCUACAAAGGCCGACUCCUGCGUGCAGCCCGAGGAGAAAGAGAGCUCCAAUGACUCCAGCACUGCCAGCAUAGCACCUAAAGAGCCCAAAGAGAGGGCUAACAGCGAGGCCAUAUCAGAGGCCGGUCUGACACCUGCGCCGGCACCUGUGCCUAAAGUCAACCCUCAAUCAAGAUGGUCCAAGAUCAAGAUCGUCACCAAGCAGGCAGGAGACGAGUGCAUCACAGCCAUCGAGAUCGUCCCACCGAACAGUUCUGGCGAGAGACGGUCCAUCCCCGUGAGCCGUCCCCGUACGGUAGCGCGGAAGUUCGCUAGCAUCGCCCGCAGCCAGGUGAAGAGGAAAAGGCAGAUGGCGGCGCGAGAGAAGAAAGUGACAAAGACGAUCUUUGCCAUUUUGCUGGCCUUUAUUAUAACGUGGACGCCGUACAAUGUGAUGGUCUUAAUCAGCACAUUCUGCCAGUCUUGUGUUCCAGACACGGUCUGGGCCAUUGGCUAUUGGCUCUGUUAUGUCAAUAGUACCAUCAACCCUGCUUGCUAUGCACUUUGUAAUGCCACCUUCAAAAAGACAUUCAAAAACCUCCUCAUGUGCCAGUAUAAGAACAUUGGUACCAGAUGAGCUGAGAGCAGAUGCCAGCAGUCUCAUAAAAUGGAUGUGGAGGCUGUUCUGGUUCUUAUAGUUUGACAUUUGGAAGGUACUGUGCAGCACAUCGUGUGGCUUUAUAAUCUAAUAAUGCUAAAAAAUGUGCUGCACAAAUCCCAAACUAUUAUGUAUUAAGAAAUCAGCGUUUACAAGAAUGAGAUCAUGGAGUUGAAGCUGAGAUCAUGAAACAAUGUUGUUUUAAAUAUUUUUGGACCGUUGGAACUUGCUGUAAUGUAAAGAUCUCCGGAUCAGUAUUACAUAGCUUAGAGAGCCAAUCCCAGGAAAGUGCAGUAAAGAUUAAAUACGUAAAAGAGACUAUAGAUUUGAUUAUUUAUUUAUUUAUUUAUUCUUGAUCUCUCCACUAUAGCACAAAUGGUAUCAGUCUAGUAAGUAUUAAUAUUUUCUGACACAGAGUUGUGUAGGAGGAUUAUGAUCUCUAAAAUGAUCAUGUAGAGAAAAAUAUAAAACCGUACAGUUGUGAUUAAGUAAAUAUCACAGCUGAAAGACAUGAAAUAUCUUCCAGUUUAUCUGUCCCUAAAAGCACUGCGCUCAUGAAUGAGUUAACAUUUCAGAUAUCUGCACCUUUCAUAUAAAAUGCAAAAUAAUGGAAGACUGAAGUUGUUUGCUGACCAUAACAGCUGUUUACAUUCAUAUCGAGAUGAAUUCAGUCUUUAUUAUCCUCUUAUCGGGGUCUUCUUGAGGUUUUGGAAUAGGUGAAAAUCUAAAGGAUCCUCCUCAAUGGAUUAGGAUAUGCUUUAUGGACUUGAUACAGUAGGUUGAGGCACUAUACUGAGCUAUGAGAAAGGUCACUGUAAGGGUUGACCUUACAGACGUGUGUAAAUAUGUUUAGUUUAUGGUAUGAGUAUAUGCUCUUGAAAGUAUUUUUUCUCUUCCCUGCAUUGAAUGUCUUGAUGUUUGUGUUCCUCUUGUAUUUACUUGGUGAUCUACAUGUGAAUUUUACAAAUUAAAUAUUUAAAUGUAUUGCUGUCUGUAUGCAAAACUGUUGAAAUCAUUUAUAAAUUGUGAUAUAGUUGGAAAAACUAGGAGAUAACUUGUACAUUUAUUUAAACUCUUUAUAAGAUGAUCAAUUUGAGGAACACAUCGAACUGUCAAGAAAUGCUGUAUGAGAAAUGCAAAAUUGGUUUUAUAUCUUCACACAAACACUUUCUGCAUAUAUUCUCUUCAUAUUAUUAUUAUUAUUAUUAUUUGCUCAUGGUGCAAUACAGUUAAGUUUUGCUUGUUUUUUACUCUACAGUUUGUAAUUGAUGAAACACGACCAUUCAAAGUCAAUUCAAAAGGAAUUUUCUCCCAGACUGAUUUCAUAGAUUUGUUUUGCUCAGAAUAAGCAAAAUGUUUCAGAAACUUGUUUAGGGCUUAUUACCAAUAAGCUGUUUCAGCAACUACAGACUGUACCUGAAAGCAUUAAACCAAAGAGGUUGUGGUGCUGUGAUUUGUUAUUAAGCCUGGUCAGGCCGUGAGAAUAUUCAUUCAUCAAGAAAAGAUCAUUAGCAUCAUUUUAAAGUGCACACUUGCUUUUCUUCAUGUUACUACCUCAUAAUCACAAUUUCAUUCAUAAUGCUUUCAUUGCCAAUCCAGAGUGUUAAAACAGAUUAUGACGAUUAUUAUUGCAUUGCAAAAUAAUCUAAUAACAGUUUUCCAUUUAUCUAAGAUGAUACGUUGACUGUUGUAGGUUAGUUUACAGUCUAUAUCAGAGUCAAUGCCUGUCCAGUAAAAUUCAAUGAACUAAAGCAAUGGAAAUGUAUUCGCAGAGCUUUAUGACAUCUUUUGUGAUCAUCCUAAAGCAAUUAAAUCAUCAAUCUGAUCUUUCUUAACGUCACCCUUUUGUAAAUCUGAAAAAGAAAAUAUUGAUGUUUGCUAGUUGACAAAUAUGAUAUACAGGACUGUGCAAAAGUCUUUGCUAAACAGCAACUGAUGUAAUUAUUUCCUUGUUUUUUUAUUAGAAUUCAACCAGAAAACCAUUUAAAUCUUUUAUAAGCAGCUAUAUAUAAGUGGCAUUUACACGUGCAUUUGAUCAAUAGCAGAAAGCUGCAGGCUCUUUUUAUUCUAAUCUAAUGAAUUCAUGACUGCCAAGGGUGGUCACACUAAAUUAAAACCCAAGCACAUAUUUCUGGUAUUUUCUGUUUGUAUCUUAAUAAAAAAAUUAAAAAGGAUGAUCAUUAAAACUUUAAUAAAAUAACAAAGCUGGUGGUAGCUUUUGCACAGCACUGUAUUUCAUCUGGUGUUUUAAUAAAGGGGCUAAAAUUCCAUUUGAAAUGUCUACAAAAUGUUUAUUAUAUGGGGAUUCAAGAACAGAUCCCUUAUACUGAAGGUCAUUACUAGCUGAAUGGCAAAAUAAACUCUUGAUACCCCACUGAAGCUGAUAGAAUGAAUAUACUGUAAUUAUGAACGUCUCUACCACUGCCCUUAAAGAACCAAUGUACAUACAAGUGUAUGGUUCUUUUUUCUAUUGCAUUAAACUUAAUAAAGAUCUUGAGCUCACUGAC